UACGGAAGAGAAAAGCUAGCCAAACAUCGCCGCAACUUCCCUCUCCGAGAAGCGACUGCAUUUCUGGUGUGACUUUCGACAAAUAACUGAGUUUAUCAAGAGCAUCAGCAACCUGAGCCUACCAAGAACUGCGCAUUCAGCAACGCAUUAGCGGAUCAGGCACUGUCAUCGGGUGCCAACACCUAGGUAUUCAUCGCAACAUCACCACCCGCACAGACUACUUUAUACGGCUCGAUCUCGCACGGCUACUUCGCGCGCCUCAUCACGUAACUUAUCCCAUUAUCCCUCUCACCCACCAACCUGGCAGGCAGCAAGCGCCGCAGUCCCUCCUCCCACGGAGGUCUGCUGAAUAGGAUGUUCGGUGUCAAUUCGAGCUCCGGAGGCUCGAAAUCCGAAACGGCCGCUACCUCCGACUCGACCGGCAGCGCCCAGAAGGACAAGAGCGGCGACAAGAGCAGCAGCAAGUCAACCUCUCCGGAAACAAACGUCGGCGACCCCGACCGCUCAUCUCCGACACCAAUCAAGAGUUCGGACCAGGCUGCGAGCGGCGAGAAGCGAAGCGGAAAUGGCAGCCCUCCGAGUGCAUCCAGCUCGGCUGAACAGAAGAAACGGCGUAGCAGCGGGACCCCCUUGCAAAAGCUGGGCAAGCAGGACCAAGCUCUUGCCGUGCCCCAGGGCCAGCACAACAACGCUGCUGGCGAGUCCCUUCCGGGACCGCGAUCCACCUUCAGAGUUGGAGUCUGGGAGGAUAGGAACAAGAAGUGCAGACGCACCAUGGAGGAUACCCACGCCUUUCUCUACAACUUCUUACAUACCCCAGCGCCCGUGCUAGGGACCGAGAGCGGUAGCCAGACGCAGCCCACGCCCGGCGCCGAUGCGGACAAGAGACAGGGUGGUGAUGUCCUGGAGCAGGACGUAAUAGAGACCGACAAUGGCUAUUUUGCCAUCUUCGACGGACAUGCGGGCAAUUUCGCAGCGGACUGGUGCGGGAAGAAGCUGCACAUCAUCCUGGAGGAAAUCAUCAAGAAAAACCCGAAUGCUCCUAUACCGGAGCUGCUUGAUCAGACCUUCACCACUGUCGAUCAGCAGCUGGGGGAAUUGCCCCUUAAGAACAGCGGCUGCACAGCUGCCAUCGCCGUGCUGCGCUGGGAGGAUCGUGUUCCCAGCAACCUGUCCGCAACCGGAUCCCAAGCUAUCGCACCGGCGCUCGCCAAGGCAGCCGAGGAAGCUUCCAAGUCUGAGGAGGCGUCCUCGUCGUCACUGGCAGCUCCAGAAGCAGCUCAUGCGAGGUUAAAGAACACGGCAACUAGGCAACGCGUCCUUUACACUGCCAAUGUCGGCGAUGCCCGAAUCAUCCUUUGCCGUCAAGGUAAGGCCCUGCGUCUAUCCUACGACCACAAGGGCAGCGACGAGAACGAAGGAAAGCGGAUCACCAACGCCGGUGGAUUGAUACUGAAUAAUCGAGUCAAUGGGGUGCUUGCUGUGACCCGCGCUCUCGGUGACACAUACCUUAAGGAUCUCGUCACCGGGCAUCCCUACACCACUGAGACAGUCAUUCAGCCGGACCUGGACGAGUUUCUCAUUAUCGCUUGCGAUGGGCUCUGGGACGUAUGUUCAGACCAGGAUGCUGUCGAUCUCGUUCGUAACGUCCAGGACCCGGUGGCGGCGGCCAAGCUUCUGGUAGACCACGCGCUCUCCCGCUUCAGCACGGACAACCUUUCUUGCAUGAUUGUCCGCUUCGACAAGCAGGCUCUCAUUGAGAACCAGAACAACAAGGACAAGGCUAUCGGCGUCGAGGGCGACGCUGUUACUGCCUCGGGUAAGAUCACCGAGACAGAGAAGCUUGUCGGCACGGCCAAAGCCAAGAUUGCUGAGAGCGGCGCUCCCGCGGUGGGAAUCUCGGCGAGCAACGGCGGCAAAGGUCAUCCGUCGGCGCACGAGAGCGGAGACAAGGGUUUCACCCCGACGGUGAUCGAUGGGCCUGUGGAGGAGGAACCGGCUUCGAUCGACGACGACUCGUCGGAGGUGACACCGCUCAAUGAAGACGGCAAGGGUGGACUCGCUGAGGAGCACAAGUGAGGGUGUCACGCCGAAUCGUUGAGCAACCUUUGGGCCGUGAGUUACCUUGUAGCUCCUUUCCCU